AUUUGGGGCGGAACUUAAAAUUCUUGACAAACCUAUUCUUAAUGAGUAUGAGAAGGAGAAAUCUGUGAUUAUUGCUAAGUAUGAAGAAGAUUUCAAAAGUAAAGUAGAUUCAAUCAGCAAACGUGAAUUAUAUCAGCUUCAGAAAAUCUCUUCUACCCUUCCUGUUUGA